CUGUUCUCCCUCCAUCCUACUUCAUCCUCCCAUCCAGUCUUCCCUACAUACCCUCGCGAAAGCCACCACAUCUCAACAACCGCAAAGGAGUCUGACGAAGAAGAGAUACCAAUGGAGACCGUCGGAGAAUAUCUCGCUCAGCCACUACCAGCCCUCAACUUCAACGGUCGAGGCGAGAGUCCGGACAUCCCGUCGGAGAGGAUUGCAGCAGAGCUGUUGCACCCAUGGAUCCCCUUCGAAAACGAGGUCACCGCAGCCCUUCAAGGAGUCGACCUGAGCAGGGAAGUCCCCCAGCCCGGUCUGCUGGGAACAGUCGAAUAUUAUGGCGUUGAAACCAAGAGCAGUCUGUCCGGCAGUUAUUCUCAGGGUUAUAUGGGCCAACAACCCGUGGAGGAGCAAAAGCGCUCUGACUAA